GUCUCGCCAGGUGGCAGCCGGGGGCGGGCCGGGGCGGACCUUGCGCGGUCCCAAGUAAAAUCAGUAAUUCCCCUCCACCCCUUACGGCGGUUGCGGGUCGACUAAGCCGUGAACUGAUCCUGAUCCCAGCCCCCCAGUCUUAGGUUCCUGAGGUGACGGUUGCCUCUCUCCAGGAGUAAGGGCUAUGAGGGACUGUCCGUCCCCCACCACGUACGCUUAACCCCCAGAGGUGUGUCCUGAAAGGGGACGGUUCCAUCCCUGUCAACCCUCCGUAUCUCUUCGCAGAUCGACCAUCCUAACAGGAGACUGACUUUCCACCCCUAGGAGACAUCCUGGGAGGGCCAUUCGAUUUCUGUCACCCCUGUCCAAAACACACUCUCCCGGGCUCUGGCCAAGGUGGCAGACAUCCUGGAGCCUAUAGGUCUUCAGGAGGAGGCAGAACUGCCCGUGCAGAUCCUGGCUGAGUUUGUGAUGGACUCCCGGAAGAAAGACAAGCUCCUCUGCAGCCAGCUUCAAGUAGUAGACUUCCUGCAGAAUUUCUUGGUUCAGGAAGGCACUGCCCAGGACCUGAACCCCUUGGCUUCUGAAGACACGAGCCGACAGAAGGCAAUUGAAGUCAAAGAGCAAUGGAAAGAGCUGAAGGCCACCUACCAAGAGCACGUGGAGGCCAUCACAAGUUCCCUGACCCAGGCAUUGCCCAAGGUGGAGGAGGCCCAAAGGAAGCAGGCCAAGCUCCAGGAGGCCCUUGAACAACUCCAGGCCAAGAAGCAAGUGGCCAUGGAAAAACUCAGAAUAGUCCAGAAGCAGUGGCAGCUACAACAGGAGAAGCGGCUGCAGCAUCUGGCAGUGGUUUCUUCAGAGGUGAGGGAGCGUCAGACAGGAACUCAGCAGGAGCUUGAACGGCUAUCUCAGGAACUUGGAACCCUGAAGCAGCAGGCAGGGCAGGAGCAGUACAAGCUGCAGAGGUACCAGACCUUCCUCCACCUGCUAUACACCCUUCAGGGUAAGCUGCAAUUCCAUGAGGCUGAGGCAGAGGCAGAGGCAGAGAUGCCACAAGAGCUGGAUCUUCCUAAGGAUAAGCCCCAGCAGCUGACCCAGCCCCAGGAGCAGAACAUUCGGGACACCAUGGGGAGAGACAAGUGUGUGUCCUCCAAGGCCAACAACCCACAGCCUGCUGGAGAUACAGGCUUACCAUGGCUUCCUGGGAGACAGCAACAUGGGGAAGGAUCCUAGAGCAGGUCAGACUCCAACUCAGGCCAUGGUGUCCCUGGACUGUAGCUCUCUGGCCUCACCCACACUGCAGGAUGGACUUAAAUUCCUUGAGUGCAGCCUGAUUUUUGACUACAUACCAGGUUGGGGCAGGCUCUGGAUUCUGUUUAUUAAAAGCCCUGGAGUUCUCUCAGCUGCCUGUUUGUCUGCUUAUCUUCAUAUGUUGGUGGGAAGAACCACACUCAUUGGCCAGCAACAAGAUAGGUGCUGGGACUGGUGUGAAUAGAGAGGGUAUAGAUGGUGAAGGGGCCCUGGCCUGGGGCAUCAGGGGUUGCUUGCCCAAAGGGAUAUACUACAAACAUGUUGAGCUUAAUUCAGGGAGAAGGUGAAUGCUUUAUGCAGGUGAUUAGAUGUGGGAGGAUAAUUUUAAUUACUGAUCCAAAUGUUUACUGAAUCUCUGAGUUGUGCCAGGUCCCUUGCUAUUAACUGGAGCUACAGCAGUGGGCUUAUCUGACCAUUCCCUGCCUACAUGGGGCAUAAUGAGAAUGAACAAUUGAAAAGAUAAAUAGGAUGAUUUCAGGGUGUGUUAAAACAGGGUAGCAAACUAAAACAGAGUAAUACAAUGAAGAGCAAUAGUGAGAGUAUAGAGACCCCCAUCUGUGUAUAUUGGCCUGUGUCUAUGAGUCAGUAUUUCUGUUUUUGUUUGUGUGUGUGUGUUUAUGUGUCUUUGUUUGUUGCUUUCAGUCUCCAUUCCUCUGUGUGUCUGUCGCUGGGUGUGUGGACAGGGGCGGGCACUACUGUGUUUGAGAAAGAGAUUGCAUUCCUGAUUGGGAGUGUGGAAACUGCUACUUCAGAGAGAAAGAGAGAAAAAUGACAGUUCUCAGAGAGUAGAAAACUCAUUUUCCAUAUGAGAAAAGAACCUUCAUGUGAGAGAAAGACCUAAACAUCCCCAUGAGAAAGACACUGGCACCUUUUGUUUUUGGUGAGAGAAAGUUUUAAGAGUCAGUGUUCCCUGUUCUGUCUCAGACUGGGUCACCUUCUCUCAGGUGGAGAUUGAGAUCCUUGCGCAUUCCGAUGAUUUGCCCUGCUUUACUAAGGUGUCCCUAGUUUUCUCUCAAAUUGUCUUUUCAAAUGUGUUGGCCCCAUUUUUUAGGUAUGAAAUAGGAUACUUAUCAGAGGUCUUUGGGCUCAGAGAGGAUUGAGGAUACUCCACCAGGGAGCACACAAAUGCCCACAGAGUGGCUUCCUCAAUCUACUCAUCCCCCUCCCUCCCACAUGGUUCCUGCUGUAGCCUUCUAGUAACCCAAAUAUCCAGUCCCAUUUUUCCCUCCCUCCUACUGGAUGGGCUCCCUUACCCCUACAGUCUCAUUUCCUUUCUAGUCUCAUGUUCUCCAAAAUGUCUGCAGCACAAACGAGAGAGCAAGAGUACAUAUAUAUAUAUCCACCGCAGGAAAGGAGUGUCUACUAAGGGACACUGGGGUGUGGGUUGGGAUGUUGUGGAGUUUCCCUAUCUUUGCAUACAUUAUGGCUGUCAGAAAGUCAGCAGGGAAGAGAAGACACUCACAUGGAGCCCACCAAGAUGGGGGUGAAGAAUAAUACCCUGAGAUACUCCAAGCCAGGGACAGGGGAAGGAGAUUGGGCAGAUGUACAGUAAUAAAAUGGAGAGGUCUGCAAACUUCUGGGAACCAGAUUUCUCUCAAGGAGUGUGAAAUGCAUCAGUCCACACUGAGGCCAAAGAGGAGGGGAGGCUUGAUAACCUGUUACGUUCAAAGCCCUUGAAUUGGGCUUCCCUGGUGGCGCAGUGGUUGCGCGUCCGCCUGCCGAUGCAGGGGAACCGGGUUCGCGCCCCGGUCUGGGAGGAUCCCACAUGCCGCGGAGCGGCUGGGCCCGUGAGCCAUGGCCGCUGGGCCUGCGCGUCCGGAGCCUGUGCUCCGCAACGGGAGAGGCCACAACAGAGGGAGGCCCGCAUACCACAAAA